GUAGCCAUGUUCCAAUCCGCACUUUGGGGGGCGGGGCUUAACUUCCGGAGCGCCAGGGUAGAGGGAACCGCCUUGUGGAAGCACGUGACCUGGGUCUGGAGCCGGAAGCUACCUAUCUGACAGGGAGCGCCCCCAGCACCUAAGGCUGCGAUGACUUCUGCACUGACCCAGGGGCUGGAGCGAAUCCCAGACCAGCUUGGCUACCUGGUGCUGAGUGAAGGCGCAGUGCUGGCGUCAUCUGGGGAUCUAGAGAAUGACGAGCAGGCAGCCAGUGCCAUCUCUGAGCUGGUCAGCACAGCCUGUGGUUUCCGGCUGCACCACAGCACGAAUAUACCCUUCAAGCGCCUGUCCGGUGGGGGAAGGUGUGUCUCCUCUCCAGUGGUCUUUGGAGAACACACGCUGCUGGUGACCGUGUCAGGACAGAGGGUAUUUGUGGUGAAGAGGCAGAACCGAGGCCGGGAGCCUGUUGACGUCUGAGCCUGCCAGAGGGCAAGGGGCAGAGGUGGAUUGGGUCCAUGAGCCUCCUCGAUGAGGAAGACGCAAACCUUCUCCACCUUUUUCUUGGCUUGCUGCUAGAACUAAGGCUUUCUGCUCACCCACUUCCCCUCCCCUCCCCUCGAAGGGCAGAGGCUUGGGGACUUUGCACUGUGUCGGGGAGAGUGAGGGCAAGGGGAUCUCCCUCUUCUUUCCAUCCCUCCCUCCCUCCUAAUAAAACAUGAGUCUGAUGUUC